AUGGGCGACACGACGCACCGCUCCACGGUCAUCAUAGGCGGCGGCCCUGCCGGCCUGACCGCCCUCAAGACCAUGCGCGAGAACGGCAUCAGCGCGAUCCUGUUCGAGGCCGAGGCCCUUGUCGGCGGCACGUUCCGGUACCGCGCCUACGAGGCCGCCGAGCUCGUCUCGUCGAAGCAGCUCACGGCGUUCUCCGACUUCCGGUUCCCGCCCGACCAAGGCGACCACGUCAGCCUGCCCGAGUUCUGCGCCUACCUCGAGCGGUACUGCGACGAGUUCCAGCUGUGGCGCGACAUCCGCCUCGAGUCGAGGGUCGUCUCGGUCCGGCGGGCGCGCGAGGGCAAGGGUCACGUCGUCGAGGUGCAGAAGCGCGGCGAGGACGGCACGACGACCUACACGUGCGACUACCUCACCAUCUGCACCGGGCUCCACGUCGUCCCGCAAAAGCCGCACAUCCCGGGCAUCGAGCACGUGUCGAGCAACCCGCACAAGGAGGUCCUCCACUCGUCGCAGUACAAGAAGCUCGCGCAGCUCAAGAGCAAGCGCGUCCUGAUCCUCGGCACGGGCGAGACCGGCAUGGACCUGUGUUACUUUGCCAUCAAGGCCGGCGCCGAGGAGGUCGUCCUGUGCAGCCGUCAGGGUUUCCUGUCGUUCCCGAAACGCCUCGAGAACUUCCGGGUGUUCGGCGUCACGUUCGACGGCGACCUGCCCAUCGACGGCCUCAUCACGAACCUGUUCGAGUCGACCUACGUCCAUCCCUGGGUCGCCGCGACGCACUUCAGGUGGUUCAUGAGCGACUUUGUCAUCAAGCGUGUCCUCUGGCUCCUGACGGGCACUUCUGCUGGCUGCAACCAGUGGGUCGGCGAGCUCCCUCCUGAGCGCCUCGGCCGAGCGUUCGUGUUCCUGAACAAGUCGCACAAGGCGUCGACGUUCCUCAACCGGCCGUACCGCAAGCGGUCCAAGUUCCUGUCGCUCCUGUCCGAGUACCACGACCCGCCCGAGGACGCGGCCACGCCCGGCGUCGCCGAGAUGGCGCCCUGGCCGACCGGGUUCAGCGAGGACGGCGCCGUGCAGUGGGACUGGGAGGCGUGCGGCAGGAGGGGCGGGAGCUGGAAGAAGGUCAAGGAGCGCAUGCAGGACCGGCGAGUCGAGCCCAACCUAGUCCUCUUUGCGUCGGGCUACAAGCAGGAGUUCUCGUCGUGGCUCUCGGACGAGUACCCUCGGCCGUGGGACGCCGACGUGCGCGACAUCGUCUCGUCCGACGCGCCCGACGUCGCCUUCCUCGGCUUUGUGCGCCCCGGCGUCGGCGCCAUCCCGCCCAUCGCCGAGCAGCAGAGCAUGUGGUGGACCGCCUUCCUCCAGGGCAAGAUGCAGCUCCCGACCGACCGCCCGCACUACUACCUCUUGUCGCGCCCCGAGGCUCGCAUCCAGUACGGCGUCGACCACUCGACGUACAUGUCGACCCUCGCCAAGGACAUGGGCGCCGCCCCGUCGCUGUGGCAGCUCCUGCGCGAGCAUGGCCCGUUCAUCACCCUCGUCUACUGCUUCAGCGCCUCGUUCACGUCGCACUACCGCCUCGUCGGCCCGUUCAAGUCGGCCAAGGCGCCCGAGGUCGUCCGCACCGAGAUCUGGGAGACCGUGCAGCGCCGUGGCCUGAUUGGCAACCUUUUCAUGGGCGUCAUCCCCAUGGCCUUCUACGCCCUCGUCAACCUCACCGCCCUUCUCCUCGAGACGGUCUGGGUCGCAGCAGGUCGCCCCGACGUCCUCGGCGCGUACAAGCGUGUCACGGGCCGCCAGCUCGUCGACAUGGACCACGCCGCGCCCGAGCCGAGGGAGAAGAAGCGCCGGGCGGUCCCGGUCGAGGAGCGGUUGCGCAACUAGCUCGCGUGUGGAAUACUAGUUAUUGUUGUGGUCGUCGAU